AUGGGUAAGAUGCAGAGGGAAGCUUCUGCAUUGUUUGCAACCCACGAAGCAUACUACAGGGAAACCAAGCAAUAUGCGGACAUCAUGGUGAUCGAAAACGUUCCAGAGUAUUCACCAACCAUUCCCAAAAAGCACUUGGGGGCACACUGGCGCCAAGAAAGCGUCGUGAUUGAUCCCAGAAUUUUUGGGGCUGAGAACUUGAUGGAAUACCGGAAAGGCGGGAAGAAGGUUCUGUGCCCUGACCUGACACAAUAUGCUGCCAAUGGGCGUGGACGUGGAGAGCUAAAAUGCGGUAGCCUUCAAACAUUGACAACAAAUUCAGCUCGCAUAUUCCAUGAGGAGCACAAGCGCUUCCUGACAGGUCAUGAGAUGGUGAGUUCCCAGCUUUUGCCUGUAACUCCAGGUCAAGCCAGGAAAUGCGGAUCACCUAAGCUUGAACUCUCUUGUUUGAGCGAAAGGCAAAUCGCUCGGGCUGCUGGCAAUUCGAUGUCAGCAUCAUGCGUUGGUGCCAUUUUGCUUGCUGCUGUGCUAGCUUUGGACAUGAAACCCACUGCUUGA